AUGAAUCACGAAGAUUUCCAGGACCGCCUAAAGUUCGUCAGGAACACGGUGGUCGGGUUCGGUCUAGAGCCCACCGAAAUCACGCCUGUGGAAUAUCAGGAGGAUGCUCCGUUUCCCUACAACAACUUCAUCUACAAAAUUGUUCUCGCCAAACCAGCCACGCAGGAUGUAUUUCUCAGCGCCAGCCCGUAUACUACGUCUCUACCGCAGGGAGGCGUCUCAACAAUUGUCAUGCGGCUAGCCAACUCCAAGGCCACGGACAUCAUCCAAGACAAUCGCGUCGAAAACGAAGUCGCAGCGAUGUAUCUUGCUCGACAGGGUCUUCACUCAUUCAAGCCCGAAGUUGCCGGACUCAUCCCGGCCGUCUAUGCCUGGAAGGCAGCUCAAGACGCAGAAAACGGUUACAGUUGGACCAUGAUGGAAUUCAAGAAAGGUGUGCCGCUCGACACCAAGUUCAAGGAUCUAUCAGAUGACGAGAGGAACAUCGUCCUUGGACAGAUUGCGGACGUCUUCACUGGCAUCCAACGAGCGCGAUUGCCUGAUAGCAUAACCUCGCAUGGUGGGUUGACCAUCAACGAGUCUGGAAAGAUUGUAGGUGGCAAGAUGACCAUCCUCGAAGGAGCUCCAUGGAACUCGUACACCGAGUUUUGGAGGUGCAAGCUGGAGUCUAGUCUGCGCGAUGCCGAUAGGAGCUCGAAUCUACAAGGUUGGAAGCCGAACGGCGUUCGCGAACGCAUCGACCAGUUCAUAUCCUCCGGGCUUGGUCGAUACCUUGCUAGCGCUGGAGUCGACGAGACCCAACGUGUGCUCAUUCAUGGCGAUCUCACCACCAAUAAUGUGCAAUUUGACCCCGAAACAAGAAGAAUCACAGGAGUCCUUGACUUUGACUGGGCCUACGUCUCACACCCAGCCCACGAGUUUUUCACCUCUUUUGGAGACAUUGGAGGCAGCACCAACGCCGGCACCGCACGGGACCCAGACUUGAGCGACGGCAAAAUUGCCCAAGCAAUGCUGAGAGGCGACUUUGGCAUUUCCAAUCUGCCAGAAGGGGCAGUUGGGCAACUUGCGAGAGCGAAAGCUUGGGAUGAUGCGCUGGCUGAAAGAGGAGCACUGAGACCAAGCGAGAUCCCCGGCAUGGCCGCGAUCGAACAGCUUAGAAAGUUGGAGAGCCUGCUUGCUCCAUUCGCCCUACACCACCCAUUCAUGCUGAAAAAGAAGACGGCGGAGCAGGUCACGGAGAUGCGGGCUGCUGGUGAGAAGGAAUUGGUUGAGUGCCUAGAGCGUUUCGGGUACUGA